UUUUUUUUUUUUUUUUUUUUUAAGAAAACCUGUCACGGGAAGUAAGUGAAACUCUGUGAAAGGAAGAUUCAUAGAGAGAGAAGAAGAAGGAAAAAUGAUGAAGAUUGAGAAGAAGACUCUAAUUAUCUGCGUAAUUGUGGGUUUCUUAGGGCUCCUUGCUGCUGUUCUUGGUUUUGCUGCUGAGGGUAAAAGAAUCAAAGCAUCCCAAGUUACUGAGAUUCAACCUGGUAUUUGUUCUUACCCAAGAAGUCCUGCUUAUGGGCUAGGCACAAGUGCAGCACUUUCCCUUCUGGUUGCCCAAAUUUUUAUUAAUGUUGCUAGCGGUUGUAUUUGUUGCCGAAGAAAUCCCUAUACUUCAACUACUCAUUGGACUCUUGCCCUUGCUUGCUUUAUUAUAUCCUGGUUCACAUUUGUGGUAGCAUUUAUGUUGCUCCUAGGUGGUGCAGCCCUCAACGAUCAACAUGGUGCUGAAAAUGCAUACUUUAGUUAUUACUACUGUUACGUUGUCAAGCCUGGUGUCUUUGCAGUGGCAGCUGUGUUAAGCCUUGCAAGUGCUACACUUGGCAUCUUGUAUUACCUCACCAUUUCCUCUGGAAGGGACAGUGCUUUUGGAAACCAUGGUGCACCAAAUCAGAGUGGCAUUGCCAUGGGACAACCUCAGAUUCCACCUACCUCUCACGACCCGGUAUUUGUGCAUGAAGAUACGUAUGUCAGGCGACAGUUCACCUAAGCUGCUACUGCAAAUUCAGCACAAUUUUUUUCCGGAAUCUGCUAAUCGUCUUCUGAUAGCCUGGUUUUCGGUGGAACAAGAGGACGAAUACGGAGUAGUUUUUUUUUAGGGUUUCUCUGUUAUCUAUCCCCCCACCCCACUCAAAGGAAAUUAGAGAUUAUGUAGAGAGAGAGAGAGAACUCUCUUUAGCUAGCUAUUGUAAAUAUAUUUGGGGGUCUAUAAUCCAUUAUGAUGGUUGAGUUGCAUCUUUGUUAUAAGUCCUAGCUGUUUGAAUAAUUAUUGAAAGCGAAAACUAGCAACAGUUUGUAACUCAUUGAUCAUUGUAAGUGUCUUUGAUUUACGGAAUAUAAUUCACAGCAUGAAGGAGGUUACCUACA